GGAGUAAACAAGGGAACUUGGAGGCUUUUCCCUUUCUCUGUUUUCUUAUAUAAAUAAACGACAAGGACAAGCUCUGUAUCCCCCGCUACAACAAGAAGAGCAACAUCGAUUCAGAGUUCUGAAAAAUUCAGACUUGAGCUAGAUAGAAGAACCGGAGGAACACAACACAGGUGCCGGCGCCCCCCGAUUCGGAGAGGUUAGCGUUAGCUCUCCGCGACAAGGAAGAACUAGGCCCUGCAGAGGAGAUGGCCGGCGGCGAGAUGAGCUGGGUGGGCAAGAAGAUCCACCUCUACAACGUCACCAUGGGCCUCUACAUGCUCGAUUGGUGGGAGCGCUGCCUAUUCAACAUAUUGGUGCUGAUCCUGCUCUGGUUCAUCUGCUUCAAUGGCUCCCGCUUCGCUACCGACGUCUUCGAAAGCCACCUGAAGGCUCGGAUUUUCCAAGGCGCAAAUCAUGGCCUGUCAAUUGGCAUGCCCUCCUCCUAAGUCCUAAGCCUUCAGUACGAAUCACAGAAGCAGCAAAAUCUGCUGGUUCUGGAAUCUGAACAAGGUUCCCGCAAACUUAGCACUGUAGUGAUGUGUAUGAUGUAGUUCCAAUAUGUAAGAUUCUUACCGUUAUUAUCUUUUCUAUGUAAUUUUUUUAUUAUGUGUAAAUCAAAGUUGUGAGUACACGAUAUCACGCCCUGAAUUCUACUGUAAUUAAAAUCAUUUUCUUGGUAUCUCGUACUGUAUCUAGCCACAGUUUAACUGCAUGGUGUCACAUUGAUAGUA